UUCAGGAGGAAAAAGCUGUAGGACACUGAGAAAGUUCUUCAUCAGAGAAAUUAUAUUAUGACAUUUAAUUAAUCAAAGUUUGUUUCAAAAUGAAAUGGCCAUCCUUGGUCUUUUAGUCUGACGUCAUUUCCACGGGUUGAGAGUGUGUCGCUCGUGAGCGUGUCAAGGUUAACAACAGUUGAGAGGCUCAUCUUUAUCUGUGAUCUUGUCAACAGUAAGACUUCGGAGUAGGAAGCGAGGCGCAUUGUCGUGUUCAGUUUCUGAGAGUCCUCAUCCUCAAAACAGUCAUGCUGUGAAACUCUGACCAAAAGUUUUUGGAAGGCUUUUGGAAGAGAAACUUUUCAUUCAUCACCUGAUACUUUUCAACUGCCAGUUUGGAACCAAUAAAGCCUUGCUAAUGAGUCGGAGUUGUCUUAAUUCGGAGAUGACAAUGGAGGACAGAAACAGCCGGAAUGGUGGCAGAGAGAGACUUGGACUCAGCUUCACUAUCGACUACCUUUUGUUCAAUAAAGGUGUCAAAGGUUCUAGAGAAGAGGCAACAGGAAGUCGCACAGUUGAAGAGAUGGCGAAUAACAUGGUAAACAAUCAGAGUCCUAAACCCAAAGAGGUUGGGAAUGACUCUGAGACACAUGAGAAGCGGCUACAGCGUUUGGAAGCAGAGACGGAAGAAAGAAAAGUCAAAGAAGAGGAGGGGGCGGAAGAUCAGCAAAAGGAAGGGGAGGAGGAAGUGACCACCACCACAUUUACCGGUCCAGAGAAGUCAGCGGACAAACCCAACCAGUCGUACAUCGCGCUCAUCUCCAAGGCAAUUCUGGCAUCUGAGCAGAAGAAACUGCUGCUGUGUGACAUAUACCAAUGGAUCAUGGACCACUACCCGUACUUCAAGAGUAAGGAUAAAAACUGGAGGAACAGCGUGCGCCACAACUUGUCACUGAACGACUGCUUCAUCAAAGCGGGCCGCAGUGACAACGGGAAAGGCCACUUCUGGGCAAUUCAUCCAUCGAACUACCAGGACUUUUCGAACGGGGAUUACCACUGCCGGCGGGCACGGCGGAGGGUACGCAGGGUGGCAGGACAGCUCCCUCUUCCUUCUCUUCCCUCCCCCUACCACCCUGCCUUCACCCGGCCUCACAGAACGACCUGUUGGUGCUGCCCUCAAGCCCAAUCGCUCCCUCUGUCCUGCCUGGCACCAAGACUCUACUGGCCAUGGCCCAGUGUGCAGCCUCAGGUGGGGAUCCACCCUGGCCUGCGGACCUCCGUACCCUGAGAGAGAAAGUAGUUUGUGUUUUUGUAUGUAUGUAUCAUGUUUGCUAAAGAAUAUGUCAUUAGAUGGUGUUAUAACUCAAAUGAACUCUGAAAGUGUUACAAUGUUUAGGCUGUUCAACUAUGAAAUUAAAUGUAUGACUCCUCUGAAUACUAUUCAUCUUUUAUUUGUAGUUUGGGUUUUAAAGCAUAACUAAAUCCAUUUUUUGUUAUAAACUCAUUAAAUUAUAUUGA